AUGGGUGAAAAGGGUGAGGCUCCUCAGCAACAAGAUUAUGAUUCCUCUUCUCCUAAAGACCCACUUGAUGAUUCUUUCGAAACAAGGCCUCACGGCGGCGGCGGCCACCACCACCACCACCUCCACCGCCGCCAUCACCCCCAUCAUGAUUCCUCUCUCAUUGUUGCCUCUCCUUUCAUCUCAACACCUCUCUAUCUUCCCACCGCAACGGCAACUACAACCCCCUUUGAGGCUGUGAACCCUAAGCGGACUAGAUUCACCGCCGGCCAAUGGAAGCUUCUGCCAUCUCCGUCCUCCUCUCAGCUGCCGAUACCCGUCGUGGGAAGCGACUCUAGCCCAUCCCCAUCGCAUCGUCCGACCGGCACCGCCACUGUCGCCGCCGCCGCCGCGUCUUCUUCUGAUACAACAUCAUCUCCAUCCUAUUCACCUCUUCCGUCGACAGCCUCCGGCCAGCCGGAGCCAGCGGGGAGUAAAGGAGAAGGGGAGUCUCAAAAUCAGGCACAAUACAGAAAGGGGAAGUAUGUUAGCCCAGUUUGGAAACCUAAUGAGAUGUUAUGGUUAGCUAGGGCUUGGAGGAUCCAAUAUCAAGGCGGUGGAUCGGAUGAUGUUGGUAUUGUGGGAGGUCAAGGGGGAAGAGGAAGUGGAAGUGGAAGUGGAAAAACAAGGGCGGAUAAAGAUAGGGAAGUGGCGGAGUAUCUCCAAAAACAUGGGGUUAAUAGAGAUGCCAAAACGGGAGGGACAAAAUGGGAUAACAUGUUGGGUGAAUUUAGGAAGGUUUAUGAAUGGGAAAGAGGAGGAGAGCGAGAGCAAUUAGUUGGCAAAAGUUACUUCCGUCUUUCACCUUAUGAGAGAAAACUCCAUAGGCUUCCUGCCUCCUUUGAUGAACAAGUCUUUGAAGAGCUCUGCCAAUUCAUGGGUUCCAAAAUGCGAACUAAGCCAACCCCUCUUCUUCCUCUUACUCGAGCCCUCCCCCCUCCCCCUCCCUUCUCGAGUCGAUCAAAACAAGUAUUUGGGGUCGGCUAUGCUUCGGUGGAUGCUAGUGGUAGCCCAACUCAUUCAUGUUCUUCAAGGGAGAUUCGUCGAAUUGGGAAAGUACGGAUGGUGUGGGAGGAGUCGGUGAGCUUGUGGAGUGAAGAAGCGGGUGAACAACCGAGAGGGGGAGGGAGGAUUAAAAUUGAAGGAUGUAGCUUUCUAAAUGCUGAAGACCUCACUUUCUUUGAUGAAUCAAUGGUUGCUUGCACUAUGGAAUCUUAUGACCAUGGCCCUCUUAAAGGCUUAUCUAUUGAUAGAUUCGUUUCAGGGCAGCAAAUUAAAGUAUUUGGCAGAAGAAAGCCCCCUACUUGUGCUACUACUGGCUCGCAUCAUGGUCCUCCUGAGAGACUCCCUCUUAUGCACUCCACCGACCCGGCUGCAAGAUCAAACACUUCGUGGGAAUAUCAAGAUCCAACGGAAUACUAUGUCGGGUGUCUACGAGUUCCACCGACAUCUCUUCCGAGCUUAUCGGAGCUCUCGUGGCACAUACAAGACCCGCCAUCGGAGGAGCUUCGAUUACCUAUUAGAAAAGAUGUGUAUGCAUACUUACCACAAGGGAAAGAGCUGAUGUUUACAACCACAACCCAAAUGUUGGAUUGCAAAUCUUUCAUUUACGAGAUUUUAUGUCCCAUCAUACGCACCAACCCUUGUAUUACCACUACUACAAGUCGAGACUCGUUCAUAGGCCUUUGGGAUGAUUGCAUCAACCGCCUUGUUUGUGAGUUUUGUUGCAUGGAAAUGCGAAUAAUUCGCAAACCCAAUUCCCCAUCUACCACCACCACUAAUGGUUUGCAAGAUCAAUGGCCAAAUUUGACGGGUUUCAUCAGAAAUUUUUGUUUAUGGAGAGGUGAAGAAACGGAUCAAAUCAAAGAUGGGCAACCUCAUGAUCUCGACCCCUCUAAUUCAAUAGUGGAGAAGCUUCUUUGGACCUACUUAGACAUCCCUUAUCUAUUGGGUUACUACGCCGUUGGUUAUUUGGUGACUUUUUGUGCACUAAGUCGAGGCCAUGACAACCGGAUCAUCCGAACCGAUUUAUAUUCAUUGGAUUUAUCAACGCCUAGUGAGAGACUCAAGGCCUUAGUUCCAUGUUAUAGAAUUGCUGGUGUCUUAUCCUUGUUAGCCGAUGGAUGCCACAAAUUGCCAAUUUUCAGUGAUUUUGAGAGAAUUGAUAUUGGCAAGGGAAUUGUCAUGGAAAUGACACCAAAUUUAGUGACAAAAAUCUUCUCUUGUAGAACAAAAUGGACGGCGGUGAAAGAGAUUUAUGAUUUUUUGGAUGGAAGAAUCCCUCAUUCGGAGUUCAUAUGUGGAUCAUCGGACAAAGAUUUGGCGAUUGUUUUGAAGCCAAGGGUUUGCAAAUUGAGACCCACAAGUUAUGAGCAAUUAAUUGAGGCACUAAAAAACGUGACCAAAGCGCUUGUGGCAUUGCACGAUUUGUGCUUCAUGCAUAGAAACGUAUGUUGGGAGAACGUGAUGAAGAGAACGAGCGAGGAAGAGGAAGAAACAACGACGGGGACCGGAGAGUGGAUUUUAUGUGGGUUUGAAGAGGCGGUGGGAGCACCGCAGAUAUACCCUUACGGCGAGGUGUCGGAGAGUGGGAGACACGCGCCGGAGAUGGAAAGGGGUUUGCAUGGGGUGAAAGUGGACAUGUGGGGAGUGGGGUUUUUGAUAAAAACUUGUGGGUUAAUUGGGAUUCCAAAGAUGUUAAAAGAGCUUCAGAAUCGGUGUAUGGAUCAGAACCCUGAGCACCGGCUAACCGCCGCCGACUGUUACCACCACCUGCUGCAGCUUCAGUCGUCUCUGUCAACGGCAACCGGAACAUCCGGUGGUGGUUUGAUGUGACUGAAUAGGUGUGUAUUUAAAAGUUUUAAUUUUUAUGGAUGUGUUUGUUGAGAGAAUCUAAAUUGUUACCUUAAA